UUUUUUAAUUUUAAUUUUAAUUCUUUUUUUUUUUUCACAUUCGCCGUCUCUCCCUCGCCAGAGUUUUACACGUUUGCCUCCUCUUCUCUCUCCGCCGUUCCGUUUUCUCUCUGCCGUUCUUUGUUCUCUCUGCCACCGCACGGUGGCUGAACCUGACCCAGCCGAGCGAACUGACAAAAGUCCUAUUCGCUGUUCCGAACAACCCAAGCCUCAUUCUCUCUCAUUCCCAAUCUCUCUCUCUCUCUCUCUCUCUCUCUCUCUCUCUCUCUCUCUCUCUCUCUCUUUCUCUCCGCCGCCGCUCUUUCUUCACUGUCUGAACCUCUCUCUCUCUUGUUGCCAUCUUCAGACGCAUUUCUUUUUGUUUUGGGGAUAUUCAGCAACCACUCGAGGCAGUUAUUGAAACAGUUCCGUCUUCUGAGGUUUGUCAAUCUGUCUAGGGGUAGGGUUGGUUAGUUCUUCGUCUUCAUCGGAUAUUUCCUAGGGUAUUUUAUUUAUCUCUUUUUUAUUUUUCUUGCGGUUCGAACAUCGGUGGAAGGUUUUUCGGAGGGUGCAUAUUUGGCUUAGGGUUUCUGAUUUUUGUUUCGGCACAUUCAAUCGGUGUUCGGAUUGUGGUUUUUCUAAUUUCUUAUUUCGUUAGGGUUUUAUUUUUUUUCCUCCUCUGAUCGAACUAUUUUGACGGGGACAAUCUUCUGCUUUGGAAUUGUCCGCCUCUUUGUUCGUGAGAUAUACCCUUCUUUAUUUUUCUGCAUCUCAACCGAUUCCCUUGAAGACGAGGGUUUUCCGAGGGUGUUUUGCUGACCGAAUCUACAGUUAAUUGAACACGGAGGCUGGGAGAGAUAGUGAGGCCUUUCCUUCAUACCAUUCUUUUUAAUUGAAACCGCUUCAUCAUCUUAUCCUUGAUAUUUCCUCUGUUUUCAUCCUCUGAUGUUCCUCUCCCGUGUGAGAAUUGGGUUGUAUUCAUUUUGUUCAUAAGAUGAGAUAAAUCCCGUUCAUAAUGCGUUCAGCUUGUAGCCAAAUUGGCAGCUACUUGAUUGAAUAGCAGUGUUCUUGAAGUAGGAUAAUUGUAGAAGAAAAGCUUCUUUAGUGGCAUUUAGGACAUCAAUUUUGAGAACCAUCCUCUGGGUUCACUCCCCGUGCGUUUGCAACUUUGAAGCAUUCACUGCUUAUGUCAAUCUUUGCUGAAACCUGGAUAUGCAACUAAGUUGAUGACACAUACGGCUUGUAGCCGUUAUUCUGUGCAAAGUAGAGGUUAGGAAUUUGAAAUAACGAAGUACAGGUUAGGGCUUUAUACAUUCCGCUGUAUAAGGAGCGCGCUUUUGGGCGAUUUGAGGUGGUAAAGAAGGCUAGAAGUGUUUUUUUUGCUUCUGAUAUUUUGAUCAUGUUCAGUAUUCCCUAUGGAAAGAAGUGAACCCACUUUAGUUCCAGAAUGGUUGAGAAGUACUGGAAGCUUUACUGGUGGCGGCAAUUCAAACCACCUUUCUCCGUUGUCUUCUUCACCAACAGAUGUGUCCUCUCUAUCUCAAUCGAGAAAUAGAACUUCCAAGACCACUGGUGAUUUUGACACUACACGUUCUGCUUUUCUGGAUCGGGCAUCUUCAUCAAAUUCAAGGAGAAGUUUGAGCAAUGGUUCUGCCAAACAUGCAUAUAGUAGUUUUAACAGGGGUCAUCGUGAUAAGGAUCGUGAGAAAGAAAAGGAUAGGUUAAGCUUUGGGGAUAAUUGGGAUUGUGAUGCUCAUGAUUCUCUAGGAAAGAUUCUUUCUGGUAGGAUUGAUAAAGAUGGUUUGCGUCGAUCCCAUUCAAUGGUAUCCAGGAAGCAAGAUGAGUUGUUUCACAGAAGAGUUGCAACAGAUAUAAAAGCUGGUGCUAACAGCAUUCACAACAACGGUCAUGGAAUGCCUUCUGUAUCUAGUGUCAGCAGUAGCAUUCAAAAAUCUGUCUUUGAAAAGGAUUUUCCGUCACUGGGAUCCGAAGAAAGGCAAGGAGCAUCAGAAAUUGGAAGAGUUUCAUCUCCUGGUUUGAGCUCACCAGUUCAAAGCUUGCCAAUUGGGAAUUCAGCCUUAAUUGGUGGAGAGGGAUGGACAUCUGCUCUUGCUGAGGUGCCCAAUAUGAUUGGAAGCACCACAGGGUCAUUGUCAUUUCAACAAAAUGUUCCUGCUACAUCGGCGAUAGGACCUCCAAGUGUGACAGCUGGACUUAAUAUGGCUGAAGCAUUGGUGCAGUCUCCAUCUCGAGCUCGUGCUGCUCCCCAGGCAUCUGAGUUAUCUGUCAAGACUCAAAGGCUUGAGGAAUUGGCUAUUAAACAGUCCAGGCAAUUAAUACCGGUGACACCUUCUAUGCCAAAAGCUAUGGCGCUUAAUUCUUCUGAUAAAUCAAAGCCCAAAUUAGUAUCAAGAACUGGAGAACUUAAUGUAACCACCAAGGGUGGACAGCCACAGCCCUCGUCAGUCCAUGCCAACCAAUCUCGUGGAGGACAUGUCAAGCCUGAUGCCCAAAAGAGUUCUCAUGGGAAGUUUCUUGUUCUAAAACCUGUGCGAGAAAAUGGUGUGUCCCUUGCGGCAAAGGAUGUCUCAAGUCCAACUAGUAACGCAAGCAGCAUGGCAGCAAACAACCAGUUCGCUCUUGCACCUUCAGUUCCACAUGCUCCUUUGAAAAGCCCAAACAACGCAAAUGUUUCCUCUUUGGAGAGGAAGGCAGCUAGCUUAGAUCUCAAAUCUGGAUCAACUUUGGAAAAAAAACCUUCCUUAUCACAAGUCCAGAGUCGGAAUGAUUUCUUUAACCUCAUUAAGAAGAAAACUUCAACAACUUCUUCUGCUGUUCUCUCAGAUUCAUGCUCUUCUGUGAAAUCUCCUUCAAUUGGCCAAUCUGAUGAACUAACAAAGGAAGAAAUCAACACUCCUGCAAGUUCUCAAGUGAUUGAAAAUGGUGCUAUGGAGAUUCCAAAUGGAGUUGGUUCCGAAGAGGUUCGGGGAUCUUGUGACAGUGGUGAAAAAACUCAGAGGCACGCUGCUUCGGAAUCUCUAGAUGAGGAGGAGGCUGCUUUUCUUCGUUCUCUUGGAUGGGAAGAGAACUACGGUGAGGACGAAGGCCUUACCGAAGAAGAGAUCAAUUCUUUCUAUCAGGAGUUGGAAUGCAUGAAGUUGAAGCCAUCUCUAAAAGUGCCGCGAUGCAUUCAGCCAAAGAUAUCUGAAUCUCACGAGGGAAGUAGCAAGGAUGGAGCCGGUUCUGAACUGAGCUCAUCUGACUCGGAUGCCUGAAUUACUUCCUUUUCACCCAUGAAAAGUUCUAGUUCUUCACAGUUUCUAAUCGCAAUGGGUCAGUUUUUAUUUUAUUUUAUUUUAUUUCAUUUUCUUUUCUUCGUUUAAAAUCAUUUUCCUUCUUUUUUGUUUUCAUGGUUUUAAAGAAAUGCUGAUGGGAGUUGGGUUGGGAUGUUAAUUGAAACACUGAACAGUGCAAAUAGUGCAAUAAGUUACAGUUGCCCAAAUCAUCCUGCCUGCCUGCCUUUACAGCGGGAGUUUUUGCAGUUUUAAAAGGGCAGUUGCAGAGGUUUGGCAGGCGCAUAUUUUGUCUGCGUUCAAAGAUGCAUCUUUUGGGUUAUUUGGUUCUUUCUUCUCUCACUUUUGAAGAGGUUUUUGAUUCUGGAAGUUACUAGGGAAGAACAGAAAAAAAAAAACAAGAAAAGAUAAAAGGGUUACUUACUGUGCUGCUUCAAAGAAAAAUGGUAAAGAAAAGAA